UAGGAAUUCGAUAAACAAAUUUAGACUCUGCUUUGACUUUUUAUCGAAUAAUGGAAAAGUGGAAGAAACGCUUGAAGAAGACUUUGUCCAUAUCUAAGAGCUCGUCAAGCUCUUCGAGUUCAUCUUCAGAAUCGGACAGCGAAGAUAAAGCAGAAAAUGUCAAUGAACCGACUGCUUUGGAGGCUGCAUCCCUCCAGGAAAAGGCGUAAGAACUUUGUUGCUUAACAUUUAAAUCCUACCGUUUUUUGUAGGGUUUAUUGCAGUGUGCUUGUGUAUCUUUUCAUAGGCCUUCUGAAAGACCCUGGAGCAUUACACACUCCGAUAUUGAAAUCAAAAGGAAAUCUUCAAUUGAGAGGUAUUGAAACAGUUCUAUUCAAAAUGGCAAAAUAUUAUUAUUGUUAUGGUUAGAGUUUGCCCUUUAGCUUCUUCACCCUCUUCUUUUAUUUCUGGGAAUGCUGUGUGAAUAAUAUGCUAUUCCUCCUGAGGAGAUUAUAACUGACUUUCCAAGAAAAAUUUCAAUUUAAGUGAUAAAAUAUCUCGGAAUUUUGACUUAACAUGCUCACCAUUUACACAAACCACCCCGGUAGAAAUCUUGUGCAUAAAAAUUAAACUAUAAAGUUUGACGUGGUGGGAGAACUGAGAACGACCGUUGCGAGGUAUAUCCAAAUCAGCUUAACAGACUAAAAAUAGUAUAAAAAUUGUAUCGCCUCAAAGCACAGCCCAUAUUUUCUGAAGCUUCCUAAACGGAACGGCGCGAACCAUUUGAAUUUCCGUUGUUUCCAUGUAAAUGGUAAGUACCCUUAGUGUUUCCAUGUUCUUCCAUAAUUUGGUUCCUUCUCAGGUACUGAUGCAUGGAUUACGUACAACAAAAGAGACAAUACAACCAAACAAUAAAGCCCCCAGGAGAACUCUAUUGUUUGGUCCCUUUGUUUCUUUUGUGAUGACAGUACCUGCAGAAAGACCCCAUAAUUUGCCGUUUGUAAGAGACAAACAUGUAAAAUCCUUCCACUUCAUGUUCUUUUACUAAGUUCAACCAGAAGUAAACCUCCUGUUGCUUCAAGACAAAAGGUGAGGAACCGUGAUGGUGCAAGCAGUUUUGCUGAUGAGACAAUCGCAAGGACAGAAGUAGUACGCCCCCCUUGGCAAAUGCUGAAGACAAACGAUGCUCUUCCUCCCAGAGCACUGACUGUUACCUCAGUAACUCAGUCUCAUGACCUGCAGGUAAUAAACUGAGCUGUGAAGCUUUAGUUGGAAACAAGGUAUGAUUUCCAUAUAUUCCUGAAGUAAGUGUACAUUUAUUAUGCAUGCAUGUUUCGACUGUAUUCAUAUUAACGUUUUUAAGAAAAAGUGUGAAAUUGCUGCGUGCAUAAUAAAUUUACCGGGUUUAUAUGGAAAUCUUACUGGAUAUAACAAUAAAAUUAAAAUCACCUGGUGCCUUGAGAUUAAUUGGAUAAGUGCUGGUCUGCCAGCUGGUCUCCAGGCUAAAGGUUCAAACCCUGGUUGGACCAACACUCAGGCGGUCUUCAAAUAACUGAGGAGCUAUCUUUGUGUAGUGGAACCCUGAUAUAAUGAACCACUAUUAUUACAAAGUCCUUGGUAUAAUGCUCAAUUUUUUUUUAACCCAGUAAUAGUAAAAAUAUGAAAAAGAACUUCAAAAUAAUGAAACCUCGUUAUAGCGAACAAAUUUUACCGGUCCCUUGGCCCUUCGUUAUAGCGAGGUUCCACUGUAAUGACAUCUGCAAAUGGGUAGACUUUCUAGUCUUCUUGGAUAAGGACAAGAAAAGAUUAAAUUUGAUGGGAUAUAAAUUUAAGAACCUACACACUGUGUGGUGGUCCAUCUUGAAGUCACCUCUAUAUUAGGGAGCAAUUAUAAUGAUCACCUUUGGUAGUAAUGCAAAUUCAAAUUGUACUACCGAUGAAACAUUUCAUGUUUGCUUUAAUGAAAUAAAUUGUUAUAAAUAUGUAAUGUUCUGCAAAUCAAAUAAUAAAUUAAUGAUGGAUGUUUUUAUUUUUGAUCUAACUACUGCUUUUGUUUAGUUUUGAAAAGUGUUUUGUGGACUAAUAUUCAGUGACCCUCAGCUGCUGAUAUAAUUAGAAAAAUAUAAUUUUUUAUAAGUAUGCAUCAAAAAAAUAUUUUGCAGUUUUAUGACAAUUGAUUAGGAAUAUGGAUGUAUUUAAAACUAGUGUCUGCUGGAUUGUAUUUUAACCAGCACUAGAAGCCCCAGACUAAUUUUCAUAAUUAACUCAUUAAUAAAUUAUCAUAAUUGUCACCUGCUCAUCAUAAUGUAUCCAGGUUACCAAGAAGUAGAAGUUGCUUUAAUUUUAAAUGUGUAUAUGCCAAGGCUUAUGUGUUGGUUUAUAUUAGAGCCUAUCCAUCUGGUAUUCUGUAUUAAUCAAAAGGAAAUCAGUGAACAUUGAAAAGAUAUUUUUUUGAAAAUCUUGGCAAAUAUGGUAGAAGAAAAGUAUUUAUCAAAUGUUUCAUUGAGUGGAGGCUUGAAUGAAGAUUGUGAGGUAAAUUAUUCAACAUACUGUAUUUUACAUCUUUUUACUGACUAUGUUUUGUUACAUUUUUGUGAAAGGACGCAUAUAGUUAACAAGUUUUACCUCUUUUAGCUUAGUGGCUUAUAGCCAGAAAGGUUUAUGCUAUCGUCGGCAUUACAAUAAAUGAUGAUAAGGUCAUUUCUAUUGUUCUCAUACUUGCAGUAAUGCAUGACCUUUGGAACCGAAGGGACUGGGUUCGAUACCUUCUAUCUCCCCUUUUUUUUUACUCUGUCUUAUAAAACGUUGUUAUGACAAAGAGGAAUUUGAGAAUGAUUGUUCUUAGGGCUUUUUAAAAAGUUUAUAUGAGAUGUUAUGGUAAAAUCCAACUAGUGGUCUAUUAUCAAUGCUGUGUUCUGAUUGGUUUAGCUACUACUAGGCUAUAUGUUAUAGCCCACUAGUAGCGAAAAGCGGCGGCUUUGAAAACCAAAGCAAUGACGGCUGAAUCGCGUUUUUCCAUGCAGCUUAAGUUGUUUUGUCUCGAUAUUUUUGACCAACUAGUUGGAUUUUACUAAAACAAUAAUUGUUUUAGUAAAAUCCAACUAUUCCUCCGCCUUCAGCCUCAUGGGCUAUUGACUCAGACCCCAUUCGGGCUCGAGGAAUAAUUGUUAAUUAUGCUCCAUUAUUUUAAAAACGUAAGGUGUUUGUGUUCAUGAGGAAUAUCAAUGGUCUUUCAAAUAUGAUAUUACAGGGAAAGUACUUGUUCUGUUUUGACUUGUGGUGUUGGUUUAGUUAAAUUAAUUUCUUUGCUUUUUCUAUCCAUUCGUAAUUGCUUUUUGGUUUGAUUGAGUUGUACUGGUCAUGAAUAUUUUUUUAAUUGUUGGUAGUAUUGAACAUUGAAAAUCACAAUGUUUUACAAUUACCGUAGAAUCCCGGUUAUAAGCCCACCCGAUUAUAAGCCCACCUCUCUGCUAAUAGAAAUUUCCUCCCGGUUAUAAGCCCCCCCGGUUAUAAGCCCACCCGAUUAUAAGCCCACCUCUCUGCUAAUAGAAAUUUCCUCCUGGUUAUACCCCUGUUAUACCGGGUACCGUAUACAUGAUUAAAAUUUUCAUUUUAAUAGAACGGAUUUUAGACGUUUUUUUCCUCCCUAUUAUAAGCCCCCCCGGGUUAUAAGCCCCCCCGAUUAUAGGCCCACCCAAAAACCCUUACGAAAUUGUAUAAGCCCAGGGCUUAUAACCAGGAUUCUACGGUAUGAUGUAAAGUAGUGUGAUUUAAAUUGACAUCAACAGAAAUUAAGAUGCAAAAAAAAAAAAUCAUGUAAAUAGUAGAAUAUUUAAUGAUAAUGAACAAAUUAUUUUUCAGGCUGUUAUUGGGCUUGAAGCUGCACAUGCCGAAGGUCAGUCAUCAUCUGAUUGGCUGGGAACCCAUAGUGUUAAGGCUGGAGGUCUUUCAUUUGAGGAGAUUAUGAAAUGUGGAAUUCCCAUCAAGUAAGUACUGACAUAGAUUUCUACAACAAAUUAUAAUAAUCUAUAUUUUUUGCCAGCAUCUUUAGGCCAAUAUGUAAAAGUUAGCAGUUUGUUGUUGUAUUGUUAACUUAGCAUAUUGCAUUUGCCAGUGCUUGUAUUGCAUUAGUUCAAUGGCUGUAAGCUCACUUUUUCAUGCUUCUGGCUACUUUAAUAACAUUUUAAAAGUCUAUAUCAUAUUUUGUAAUUUAAUAAAUUAGUAUACUACAGGGACUGAUUCUGAAAGGGAUAUACUUGAAUAGUUAAUUUAAAGUACAUGUCAUUUCAUAACAGAAUGAGAAGGUCAUAAUUUCUUUUUUGAAAUAAUAUUUUUUCUUGCUUAUAAUAUUUAUUUUUGCAGUUACAUGUAACGGGGUACAAAUCAUUUUGUUUUUAUUUGUUUUUAUUUUAUUAUUAGACCUCCAUCUGGUGAAGAUCCCAGUAAACCUCACAUGAAAUAUGAUGCAGUAAAACUACAGGAUUAUGAAUUUAAGGUUACUAAGUAAGUAUUGGCCUUAGUAGAGUAGGGCUGAAAUAUUAUUUUCUUAGUUCUUUUAAUACUUGAGGUAUCACACAUAAAAUGAAGAGGUAGAUGUAAAAAAUAAUAUUGUACAUGUCAAGUAAAAGGUAACUACAACUGAUUGGUGUAAUUUUUGUUCUCUAAUAUUGUCUCAUCUUUUAUGCAGUCUUAUUCAGUUAUGCCAGCAGAGAAUUAAUUGGCUGUUAAAGGGAAGCAAAAGGGUAGGUAAUUUGAUAUUUUUAAUUUUAGGAUCCUUUUCCCUGAAGCACUCAGAGGUUAACUCACUAAAUAUUUAAGAUAUUUAAAGUCCUUUUUUGUCUAUAAAAUACAGGCAUUUGGUCUGGUGAAAGGACAAAAUGUAGCACUACUUGUUGAUGCAUCAGAUUCUAACUGCGGAUACGGAAGAUUGCAACUGUUUCAAGAGUCUCUAUCGGUAGAUAUAAUAUUAUCUUCCUUUUCAUUCUGUGUGUUGAAUUCGUAUAAGAAUUUCUGUUCAUUUUGUUGAAAUUCUAUAUCAUUAAAUUGAAAUAAAAAUAUUUUUUCUUUUAAAUUGUAGGAACUUAUUGAUGAGCAAUUAGCAAAUAAGGAGAGGUUAUAUAUGGUUUCCUUUGGAACCCAGCCUAAGUCAUUGUGGACAGUUGUCAGGGAUGUUAACUGCCGAAUGUAUGUAGACUGUUCACAGUCCCCUAUUUUUCCGUAAGAUCAUUGAGAUAAAGUGCUUUGCAUCAUGGACGGCCAUCUUUGGAUGCAAUGAGUGUCAAAUCUACUUAGGGGGUGGUGUCAGUUUGCCCGCCCACUCGAAACAUGAGAAACCAAGAUGGCUGCCCAUACCAUUAAGCGCUCGAUCCUGACAAUUUUAUGAAAAAAUAGGGAUCUAGAAUGUAUGUGCCAGACACAAUUUUGUCACUAACUGCAAGCAUUAUUUUAUAAUCUUCUUUAGUAAAAGUGGCUGAACCAAUUCUUAACACAUUUUCUCUUAAAUGUACAUGUAGAUCUUAACAUUUAUGGCUCCCUGGAGUUUGGCUGCAGUUCUUUCUAAGAACCCCUACACUUCUUGCAGCCUGCUUUGUCUAUUAGAUCUGUCAAGAUCUCAGUCACAGAGACUGUAUAGGGAAAAAACCUGUAACUUUGAAGAACAGAAGAAACUGCUCACAAUGUAAAGAAUUCCACUCCCCAAUUCCCAUUCUUCCAAGUGUUUGACUUUUUUACAAUAAAUUAUUGUCUUGGCACUGGUUGAUGGAUAUGAUAUUUUUUACUGAAUCUGCACAUCUCAAAUACAGUCAAAGCUCUCGUAAGUUACCACCAAGUGGAAAUUUGAAAAAGUGGUCGCUUACAAGAAUGAGCUCUCAUAAGCAACUGCAUGGUAAAGCAGUUGAGGGUGGUCACUUAUUCAAAAAAAUAAAGAAAUUAAUGUUUAAGCAGUGUCUUUAUAUCUGAUAAAGGCGCAGCUAAACUUUACGUCUAACCCGUACGAAAUCUUAUGGCCUGACUGAGCCACAAUAGGGCCUUAAUAAGGCCUUAAAUGGAAACAGAGAGCAAAAGAUCAACCAAAACUGAACCUAACAGCUUGAGCCCAAAAAAUUUUGUUUCCUUUUUUGUUUCUAAUUCCAACACCAUGAACAAAAAGCGACCAAAUUCAGGCAAAAUAUUUUAGGUUGUAAAUUUGGUCGACAGUUAAACCCCAAAUGUGAACCAAAAUCGCUUUGGGCUGUUAUUUAGGCUCUCAUUUUGAACGCUCUACGACCUUAAAGCAGGCAAAAUUUUUUUAGUCGUAGAUUAGGUCGCUCAUGUUGGAAGCCGACUGAGGCUGUAAUUUUGGUGUUGAUCAGUUCGGUCGAACCAGCGAAUUACAGUGAAGUCGAUGUGGAGCCACCAGAAAAAGGUGUAAGGGAGACAUUAAAUAUUAGCAAAACUUUAAUUAAAUAGACCUAACGCAAGAGAUUUUUGCAAACAAAAACGAGAAAUAUCAGAUUAGUUUUUUAACUCAACUGAACUAAACAUUUACAGAUACAAUACGUACCUACAAAGUUGAUUCCCUCACCUUGCAAGUAAGACUAAUCUCUUUCUAUUUUAUUUGCAAUUAAAUUUGCAAACAUAAUUGACGCACCUGACGAUAGAUAAUCCACGCCGUGCAUGCACGAAACCAAAUACAAUAAAUGAAUGUUUUGUCCCUGAAGACUUCCGACCAGUUAAAGCUGGAUUUAAAUAGCUAUAUAUGAUGUAUUUGAAUCGUGGUGGUACCAUAUUAAAAAGCUUCUACAAUUACUACAGUAAAAAGGGUUUUACUAUGGAAAAAUUUUCGUGACAUUGUCUUUACGUUACCGUAGUAAACCUGACAGGUCCACUUGAAACUUUCCAUGCGUUGUUUUUGCGUGAUCGCGUUUCUUGAUUUCUCAAAAACCCUGUCUCGAUAUGUUCACGUGGCCUUAGAGACACAUGAUGAUUGGUUAGUUUAUUUUGGCGGGCAUUUGGGGUUCAUCGUAAGAGAAAAACGUUUGUGUCUUCUCCUGUAAACGUUUUCCCGAUCUAAGUUACAUUGAAACUUAACAUUUGUAAGUUUGAAAAUUAGUUUUCAUUACUGCAUCUAUUUUGGUUCGGACAAAAGUCUCGGCAUUGUGCCCAAAAAGUCCCAAAAGUCGCUGUGCCUUGCAACUAGGACCGUUUGAAGCGAGGCAAGAAGCUGAAGUGAAAAUGUGCAGGACAAAGGUUUCAGAGGUUUGUCAGUAUAAUUUUUAAAACUGCCGAUAAAGAUAAGCUUGUGUGUUUUAAGUUGUAUUUAAGGUUAGUGUUUUUUCUUCAUAGAUCGUGCAUCAUGUUAAACGUUCGUAGCCCUUUCUUUUGGCGGCCAGUAAACAGGUCAUGACUGUUUGAAAACGCAGAAGUCUUCUUGGAAACAUGUUUAUCUCUAUGAUAUAGGGCUUAAAACCUGCCUAACAAACCAGUUAAAUAUUGUUCUGGAACAAUUUCCUAAAGCACACGGCUGUAUUUGCUGGUUGUGGGCAACACGGGAAGAACUAAAUAACAGAAAUCCUGAGAGGAAAUAGCUCCGUAUAAAAUAGUAUCACUUUGUUUUUGGUAUUAGUACGGGUCGCGUGUCAAAGACGUUAUCGAGCUUGUGAGAGUAAAAGGUAUGAUGCGUGGAAUUUGUGAUCGUCGCAGUGCUGGUGCUCAUCUAUGUGAAGGAAUAAUAUUCAGAAAAUCUCUUUGUAAUUUUUGAAGAAAUGCACGAACAGUCUGUAGCAAGUGGACUUUGUACGUGAUGUGAAUUCGUGAUUUAUACAUUCAAAACGACGCGUGACCCGGUUUCGUUCUUUGAUGUAAUAUUUUUUGUAGAAACAUUCUGGUAGCAAUGUAUUUAAAUUUGCUAUACUGCAUUAAAAAUCCAGUUGAUGUUUCAUUUGUAGCGAUUUUCAUACAAACGUUUGUCAAUUAUUUAAUACUAACUUUAGCUUGCUUAUCUAUUUAUCUACCUUGAAAAUGUACAUUUGGCACGCAAUCUCGAGUUUGCCGGUGUCGAGUUACUGUUGAGUGAAAUCUUGACCAAAAAAUGGUUGGAUCUCAACCUCAAUUACAGCGUAAUUUUGGCCCAAAUGUGGCCUAAUUUAGCUCGAACCGGAUUACAGAAAUAUGCAGCGUGCAGACAGCGGUCAUUAUCGUGUUACCGUUCAGCCAAAAUGACAGCAUAAUUUGGGCCCAAUUUUGGCCCAGUUUUUGCAUCACUGUAGUGUAGUUAGGAUUUGGGUUCUAUUUUGGUUUAUUUUGUGGCCCAAAUAUUUACGUUUCAGUGAGGCUCGUUUUGGUUCAUCUUUGGUUGAACUUUUUAAGGCCCUAUUUUGGUUUAUUUCCGUCCGGGUUUGGCUGAAAAUUAUGGCCCAAUUUACCUUCUGGCUAGAGCGUUAAUUUUGGUACGGGAAGUGGUCACUACCGAAAUGACCUUGUACUUUGACAAAUACGAUACGUACUGCACUGUACAAGAUCUUUAUCACCGAAACAUUAGUGCAGUGUGCAAAUCAUUCAAGUGUUUAUAUAGAUAUAAAUAAGGCUCUAAUUCGUGGCUUAUGAGAGCUUAAAACAAAGGAAAAGUCCAGUUGGGUAAUCCCAAAAGUAGUCGCAGUCGCUAAUGGAAGUGGUCGUUUACAAGAGCUUUCAUUACCAAGAUUAAGUCACAGCUCAAACAGGGUUUCAUGAAGGUUGGAGCCGGUCGCUUACAAGACGGGUCCCAAGGAGGGCUUCAACUGUACUGUAGAAGAAGUAUAACAUGAUGAUAAUUUAUGAUCAUUGUUUUUAGAAUUGAAGAAUCCCAUUGGUGGGUGAAAACUUUACGUCCUCAAGGUGGAUGUAAUGUGCUGUCUGCACUCAAGCAAGUCAUCAAAAGAAAAGAGAUUGACUCCAUUGUUCUUGUGUUAGGAAGCUGGUACGAAUAUUACCAUCAUUUGUUCCUUAAUGCAGCUGUUCGCAUUUGCAAGAGGCUUCAGUCAAUCAGCCAAACAAAAUUAAUAAAUUAAUUAAAUUAAUUAAAUUAAUUAAUUAAAAAUAAUACUUGAGAGACUAAUGACAGGUAAAUAGCUCACGUUCAAUAUAUUAAAAUUCCAGCAUGACUCUGAGGCUUUCUGGUCAUUUUUCUAUAUUUAUUUUUGUUUUCUUUGUGCUCAAGUCUCUUCUGGAAAUUGCAUAACAAAGGAAGCGUCAGAGUCAUGUUAGAAUUUUAGUAAAUCAAAGAUUGGCUAUUAAAGCUGGAACAAGCAUUUUGGUUCUCUGUUUCCCAGCUUGAUUUCCUUUCCAAGCUAAGUUAUAAAUUACUGCGCAGGAAUGUGCUUUACUUUCUCUUCUGCUGAAGGUGGAGUUGGCUUCUAAUUUUGUGAAGCAGUACUUAUUAUGUGCCCAUGGUUUUGCUAUGAUGUCUGCAAGUACAUUUCGUUUUCAUUCACAUCAAUUCAAUUGCUGAAAGUACUUUUUGCUGCCUUUUGAACCCAUUUCAUUCUGGAGAAUAUCAAAGCCAAAAAAUUUGACCCAUUAUUAAAUGUUUUUGCAAAAAUAGCCAGCAGCACAGAAAUAUGAAUAAUUGUCAGUGAUAACACUAAAGGUUUUUAAGACCCCAGACUUUGGGCUUGGGGUGUCUGCAUUAAUUAUUUUUAUCCAGGAACUUAAAUUAGAGUGGUGUAUUUUUCCCCCUCAUGGUGACAUGAUAAUUAGUUUCUACACUUUGAUAACAUAAUGCAUAACUCCCAGCUGUCUUCUAAACUUUGUGUUGCAGAAAGUGAAACUUUCCUGUUUGCAGUAUAUGAACUUUAGUCAUGUAGUAGUAUUGAUAUUUUUAUUGUAAAAUGGUGUGCAGUGAUUAUAAGUUUUUUUUACCAUGUCUUUUCCAUUAUUUGCAGUCCUGAUCAGAAUCCAAAAGUGAUUUGUGAUUAUGUGCGUGAGUCACUGGCUGGAAGACAUGCUCCCCUACAUACUGUAGCGUAUGACUGCAGCAUCUCAGCUACUAAUGUAAGGAUCAAGUCCAAACAACCAAUAUUAAUUUUUCCUCAUUUAAGAUUCAAGGUCAAGAUUCAAAUUAAUAACAACAGCAAAAAAAAAGAUUGAAACUUUUUGCUCUUAGCAUUUUAGCAUCAAAAAUCAGUAAGUGCUGAGAGGAUAUUUUGUUCUCAUGUGUUAUGCUUAUUUUGGAGUGGGGCCAAUUCAAAGUUGGCACUUUUUUGAGUAAAAAUUGUAGCUGUUUGCUUUCUCAUUGUAUAAGUUUUUUUAAGAUUUGAAGGCAUGAUAAUGACACUUUGAAAAAUGAGGGGCGGAUCUAGGGGGAGGGUGCAGGGGGUGCGCACCCCCCCACCGAGAUGACCUGCGGUUUUCUAAUCCAACUGGUAUUCUGCGAAGAAAAAGAAACUAUGUGGUUUAUUGGUGUUGAAGUAGAGCAAGAGACGAGUGCCCUCCCCUCCUAAAAAAAAUCCUGGAUCCGCCCCUGAAAAUUUGGUAGAAGAUGGCUCAUGUUAGUUUUGUUUUGUGUAUUCUAAUGAACCCUUGAAAGAAACGGUCACUUGGAAUGACAAUGCCCCUUGAUGGAUGGCAAGCAGUGCUGUUGGGCAAGAAAAACAAAUAGAUUACAUGAGUCAAAAUAUCCUUUCUUUUCAAGGUCCCACUGUAUUGUUUGCCCUCUUGCAAGGUGUUUUUAUACCAUGUGACCAUUCUGUACAAAGGGCCCAUAUAGUUACAUGUAUAUUUAGGGUGCUUAGGGAAAUCUGGAUUUAGAUUUUGAAAAGAGAUUUUAAUGCUGCGAAAUUAGUCCUCAGGGUUAACGUUGGAUUUCAAUUAAAAAAUCCAUUUCAUGAUUCCAUGGCUUUCCUUUAGUGUUUUUUGUAGUGAUGGUUUUGUUUUGUGCACUAAAAAAACUAUAAAGAACAAGUUCUUUUUCGGUUUUCAGCACCUGAAACUCAAAUAGUGCUCCUAAUAAGAGUAUAAAGUGGUAUGAUCCAAUUUCUUGAGUGAAUAAUGCUUUUUGUUUCAGAUGUUCCUGAAGGAACUUGCCGAGCAGACUGGGGGGAGAUAUCACUGUUAUGUUUCUACCAGUGACGUGAGUAACUAGCUACUAAGAAUGUUAACUUUAAUACAUUGCUCAAUAUCAUAACAUACAUUGUAAUUUUAAAAAAAUGAUGUAUAAAAGAAUAUUUUCCCAUCAUCACAGUCAUGAUAUACCGUUAUGCUGUAAUGUUCGUGUAUUUGUGUUCUGUUUGAUGUUACAACUAAAUAAAGAAGCCAUUUAAAUACUAACAAAUGACUUAGAAGUCAGCAUAUCUACAGAGUGGUUUUCUAUUUCCACAUAUCCCUGAUCAAAUGUUAGUUUAAAGUGCCCAUCACCUAAAAUUUUUUAUUUUCUUUACUGAAACUAUACCUUAUUAAAAUAACUUCUGUGAAAAAAUUUGGCGAUUUGAACAAAACGCGAUUUUUUUACCAAUUUUUGAAGUCUGCAUUUUUGUGGUACACCCGCGCCGCUGAUCACGCAAACUAGCAGGCUCAGGCUCACAUAUGACGUCAUGUGACGUAAAUUAAGGAACUCACAUUACCUUGCCUUCAUCAGCUGUACACAAUUACAAUGUCUUCGCAAGAAGAAAGUUUUUCUGAAACAGAAAAUCCUACCAGAAAAUCUUAUUGUUUUCCUGUCGAUAAAGUCACGUUUCCUUAAAGUACGUCAUAUGACGUCAUACUCGGAGAGAAGACUAAGACGAAUGGUGGACGAAUGAUGGGCACUUAGAGGGAAGAGGGAAAACUGAAAAGUUUUUUCAGGCCUUAAGUUGGUCAUUUCUUGAACAAAAACUAAAGCCUUUAGUUGUUAUUUUGAUUACAUAUGUAGACCUCUUGUAAAUGCCUGUUUAAUAUGAGAAAUAGAGGAGUGUCAACAGCUACAGAAAAAAAAUAGAAGUUACUUAUGUGGCACAUUCACCAUUUGGUCCAUGUUAUGGGCUCUUUUGCAGGAACAAAUCAUGACUGGAACUGAUCUUAGUUUAUUAGCGGAGGAAAUGAGGAAGGCUCAGGAAAUAUUGAAGAAGAUAAUGGAGAUGAAGAGUGGGGUGAUGGGUGACACAAGAAUUGCUGUUCAAGCAAGCGUUGACAGUACUUUAACCACUGUAAGUACAUAACAUGAGGUUUUUCCUAAUAAAGCUUUAUGAUUGUGCCUUGGGAGAGUACCAAGUCAUGAGGGACACAAGUUUAUCAGUUUCUAAUUUACUCAUUUUCACCUGCUAUCCUCUUUAAGUAAAAUUAUCUUAAAUCAUUAAGGUCAUUAUCAUGCCAUGUGGUUCGUCUUCUGCGUUCAUCCAGACUAUGUCUGGAUUGUGUUGUUGAACUGGCAGUUUAUCAAAUUGAAACACUGGCCGAGUCAUUUUUUGAAAGCUCACACGUGAACUUUGAUACAGAACAGAAGACCUUUCCUGUAGCAAUUCUGAGGACACGGGAUUAACAUUUUAUGUACUGUGGAACCUCCACUAGUGGUCACCUCUCCACAACCGCCAUUUUUUGGCAGACAGUCCAUACGUUUACUCUUGUUUGAACCUCUCUACAACGGCCACGUCUCUACAACACCGACCACUUUCAUCUGUCCCCAAGAUGACCGUUGUGGAGAGAAUUAACUGUAUUUUUGAAAACUUAGAUCUCAUUCUUUAGUUUUGAGUUAAUUAUGAAUUCUGUCUGUUAUGUGAUAGAUACCUUUUAGUAUGGAUCUAAUGAGGCUUCCUUCAGAGGAGAAUGAAAUACUUGCUGUUGAUAGCUCUCCACUGGUAGUGGAACAUCCAUCAUUCCCUGCAAGAACAUCAACUGAAUGGCUCAAACAACAUGGUUUGAAAGGUAAAGUAAAACUGUGAUGAGUUUGAAGAUGCAGAUAUAAUGUACAUUGUAGGUGACUUUGAAUUAAACAUAAGUCAAAGACUACUUAGUUAAUUGUGUGCGCUUGUGUUGUUUAAAUAUUGCUAGAUCUUUCUUCUUUGUCUUUUAUCUUACUUUGAGUUUACAUCUCCCAAACUUCCUUCUCUUUACAGUACUGUAGACUAGUACAAUGGAGUUAAACAAAAUUUAGUCAACUUUAUAAUAAAAAUAUAUUUCUAAUUUGUGCGUUUAUUACACGUUUGUGAGAGAAGUUGGCGUUCACGGUUUAAUAUUGUCUGUGAUUCCUUUCUUUCACAGCCAAGGGACUGAAUCUUUACCAAGUCCUGGCGCCUAACUCAUUCUCUUAUGUUGAUGGUUACAUUUCCGCCAUAAACAGAAAUGUGCAUUCCCUGGUUCAUGAGAGGGUAAGGCCUCUUUUUAUAUCAUUAUAUUUCCAUUAGUAGAUAAAUGGGUCAAGGAUAGUUCAUAAAGAGACUGUGUGCAGGACACACUGAAUUGUUUAUUCUGGAAAUGAAAGCCAGGUUCAACUAAGUUAAUCAGAUAAUUUGGGCACCGUGAAGACGUUAAGAUGGUUUUCAUCACAUUUUAAAUGAUGCACAUGGGCAAGCCUGUGCAUACAACCGUUUCUCCGCUCCCCCUCGCUGGGAACGUUUCGCAGGAAACGUCCCUAUUGACGAGGGCCGUAUUCGUAGACUACACAUGGGUGGCAGCCCAGUUGAAAACAGUCCUUCACGUGAACAAAGGUUGUACAAACUAUUGCCAAAUGUCAGAUCACCACGUAACUAAGGACAAUGAAAUGUGGUGGUUUGAAUCGCUAUGAGAGUUAAACGAGAUAACAGAAGUUUUAGAACUAGAUUUACCACUGUUAUGAUAAGCUCAUUUUCUCGUUCACCGUGUUUCUCUCUUCAGAGUAUGGCUCAGUUCAAGUGGUUUGAUGGAACGGUGAAAAAUGUGCACGUUGAUCCUACAUUACUUUUCGAUUACCAGGUUUGUAGUAUUACUUUGUUCAGGACAAUGCCCGCUCUUUAGAUGUUUGUCCUUGCCAAUUGCCAAUUACAUGUAGUUGACGCUUUUUCAAUUCUGUGGUCUUCUUCCUAUUUACGAUUAUGAAACAAACUUCACCUUCACCUCCUGAUGUAUACUCAAUCACGUAUAAACUGGCAAACAAACCCAACAAAGAAAAAACCGUGUUUACCUUGUUUUCGCGGUAGCUACUAAUUUGUGUAAACGAAGUUUGUUUUUAUAAAAAUGCCUUUAACCGUAAACCCUGCAAACAAACUCCUAACAUUAUUUUGACGGAAAUAAUUAGUGCUAAAUGCAACUUCAGAGUAGAAAAUAUAUCUUGCCUGCCUGUAUACGAUUGAUUGUUUCUGACAGCGCCAUUUAGAGUCUGCUGUGCACUUGUACAAGAGACGUGUUGAUUGGCUGUCAGUUGGCUGUCGCAGAAUCUUUGGCACAGUUGUGGAAAAGAGGUCAGUUGGCUUCCGCGUUUCUUAAGCGUUCCGGUAAUAUAUCUUACAUUUAUUUUUCUGAAAUAUGAAGCAACCCUCGAUCCGAUUCUCUUACCCAAUCAUCAGCCACUUUGCAAACCCAGUCAUUCCUGAACUAAACAAUACGGUUGUUCAGAGUCCCUUUAAUUACGUGUCUAAUGAGAUGCAUUGGCCGUUUUUAUGCUAGAGACGUCAAAGAUAGUAAAUAAGACAGACGCGUUUAACGUCUGACGACAAUAACGUCUUCUGUUAACUGCAUCGUUCAAAUGCACGUAACAGGCGACUUUUAUGCGUCUAGUAUUAAAAACGGGACGGCAUAAACUAGGAUGCAUUUUAUUUUUGCCCAACUCCUCCAAGGGCGACUGGGAAGAGGCAGUGUUGUGUGUUUUUUUCGUUAAUUUUUUUUUCAGUGUUUUCGUCAGCUUUUAUGCAUCCCGUUUUUGCACCAGCCGACAUUAACGUUAAAUACGUCUCGACCAAGAUAAGAUCAAUUUUAUUUAAUAAGUUUUAUUUUUCUAACUUUAAUGUCUCUAGCAUAAAGACCUAAACGGCCAUUUUUAUUCUUGUGACAACUCAUUUUUGGAGCAUCCUCCAUUUGUUGAAAAAAUACUUGCUGAAGCGUUCGCCAAAAUCGCUCGAAUAUGAUAUUAAAGAAUACUGACUACAGUAAAAACCCGCGUAUAAGAACCUGGUACAUUUUCCAAGCUAGGCUAAGAAGGUUCUUAUAAAAAUGGUCUUAAGUGGAAAAUUAGGCUACUCAGGUUCUUAAAUAAGUUCUUAUUUUUAAUAAUAAAUGACGCGGUUGUGGCCUAUUUUGGGCCUAUUUUUGGUACUGCAUGCAAAAUAUGUUAUAAAAAUCCCUUUAAUUCAAGCCUGUUAAAGCCAUUUAUGAAGUUUAUACAAAGCUAUGCAAUUUAAACAGAACAAAAACAACAUUAAAACAUGGUACUGUGUUGCUGCUGGGCCAAACAUGGUACUUGUGUAUUCAGUGGUUGACUGAAUUUCUCAAAAUAAGAACCUGUUUCAAAAUUGUAGGCUAAAACAAGUUCUUAUAUAAAAGGGGUCUUAAUGGACAAUCUUAGCCUAAGAGGUUCCUAAAAUCUAGGUUCUUAUACGCGGGUUUCUACUGUAUGAUAGGUAAAUGGCAUUAUUUUGCAUGUUUAUUGCAGAGUGAUUGUGUUGUUAGACAUGUCAAUAUGCAUGUCACCAGCUGUACUUAGACUACAAGAGCAUCUCAAGCUUCUUCUAGAACAGCAAAUGGCUAACAAGACCUCCUACAACUUCAUCUGGUAAAUUUUCAGUAUAAUCAAAGUAACGAGCUGUAGGCCACGGCUGUGUUAGCUAUAAUUUUCUAACUCCCAUCCAUUGAUCAAAGACACUGAAAUUUAGUUUUAAGUGCGGAGGUGUGGAAUUUAUAAAUGCGUUUUUUGGGGCUCAAACGUUUUUUUUAUCCGUCCGCUGUACCAAAGCUGUACUGUGAUUGCGCCUUCGUAAUUCUCUCUUGUGAGUUUACAGUCUAAAAAUACCUUUCAAUAUGUCCAUACCGUAUCAGGUAGAUAUCAUCUCAGUGCCACUAGCAUGGCGGUGAAUGUUCAACACGACCUUCGAGUUUCAACUAAUAUAUUUUUUCUUUGCGCUGUUUUCCCGUCUUCAACUAAUGUUUAUUUAUAUACUUCAAAAGAUCCUUACUGAAUUCUAAUUUGUAUUUGUUUAGUUUUGGUGACAAGACAGAGAUGUUUCGGCCAGUCAUGGUAGAACCCUCUCCCGAGUAUCUUGAAGCAACCUGGAAGUAAGUUUUCUUGAACUGUCCACCUCUAAUGAGAGCUGACAGCCAAAAAAGUCACCAUUUCUUUUGGGUGACUAAAGAAAACAGGUAGUACUAUGCAAGAACGUGUUUUCAAGAGGUUGCAUUUAAAUGGUCACACUAAAGGAAUUUUUUUUACAAAACGUACAACUACACUUUGCGGUAAUCGACACAGAAACACGAAUAAGUUAGUUUGAUUCCGUGCCGAUUUAGAGUGCCGAACUGAACCAAACGGAGCGAAAACGGACCAUGCAAAACCAACAAUAUUUACCUUGAAACAGAGAAGAUAUCAAACCAAUUUUAGGGCGGCUUCACUCCCCCACUGAAGCAGCAUCAGUGUUUUAUGUAUACUAAUGUGAUGUAAGCUUUAUCAGUCAAUACAGUGGACUUGGACUAGGACUAACCCGUUCAUUAAUUGAAAAGAUAUGUAACACCACUGAAAACGGGCUCAGUGAACUGUAUUUCGCCACUUCGAGUCUGUGCUUGAUACUUACGGCUGGGGAUAAACGAGCCCCAGUUCUUGUAAAGGAUGACGUACUUGAUGUUAUGAAGGAAAUUAAGCAACUAAGGCCAGUGUUGGUUCUUAUGAUUUUGCUUUUUGUUUCUGAUAGAUGGCUUCUUCAACGAGGUUGCACAGGCAGUAGAAAUGUUUUGGAUGCAUUUAGAAAAGCUGUGGAAAACGAAGAGGAAAGGGCUCAUGGCAUCGGUGAGUUACCGCUAUACAUAUAAAACCGAACCUCACAAGUGAAAUGUAUGUGUAAUCAAAUGGUGACGAGUGAAAAAGGCUCGGUAAAUUAUAAGGAUUUGGACAAAACGCGUGUGAAAUUAUUCCCUAACUUCACGAGUGUACCAUUUUAUUACCUAUUAAUAUCAUGGGUGACGAAUUACGUUAGCAAUCUUGGAUUUUUGACAUGUUUAUCCUGGAUCGCAUCGAUCGAGAACUCCCCUUACUUGAACGUUUAGAGCUCAAGUUUUUUUGUUAAGUUCAGAAUUUUUCGACAAAAUACCUGUUAGAAUCCCUCUUGAUGUGCUCUUUCGUAUGUUCAAGUUUUCUAAAGCGUCUUUUUAUACCCUGGCAUCUUCAGUCAUUCAUGACAUUUUUUUUGACACUGAGACGUACGGAAGGUUGCCAUGGCAAUUUUGUACUUUCAAAUGUGAAAUUACAAAUUAUCGCUGAAAUUUCGCGCCAGAAUUAAGGAGUAAUUCGUCACCUAUGAUAUUAAAGGUGAAAUUUUUGUUCAAUCAAGUGUCUCAUCUCUGACGGAAGUAAACUAGUAAACCCGCAAACAGCUCAAAUUAUGUCAGUUGCUAUCAUCGAGCCUCUUUUCCCGAUCGUAUUUGUGGUUUUCUGAUCACAUUCCCUUUGGAUUUCUUUUUUCGAUCCUUGAUACAUCCCUUCUUAGCGUAAGGGUUUUACUUAGUGCUUUUACUACUUCUAGUUUCUUAAGAGUUGCUGCGCUGAGCUUGCAGUCCUAUGAUCGGUGCUCUUUUUUUCGUCAAGGCUUUUAUCCUGUUUGUCUUAAACUUGCUACUCUCAGAAGCACUCUUGCCUGCUUUUAACAGUCCCUCCUGCCAGUUUUCAUUUUUAUUAUAUCUUAAAAAAUUGUUUUUGGUUUUACAGAGGUUGAAGGGAUUUAUGUGGUAACAAGUGGGAUACCCGAUGAACCAAAGGUAACGCAAAUUGGCCUGUUAUCAUAAAAGGAAACAUACAGCAGCUAAUGGCUGGGAUAAUUGUUCAUCGUAACGAGCCAUACCAAAUAAAACUACUUCAGGAAAGCUUUCGCCAGUCUCAUUACAUCCUAAGUGUUGUUUUGUAACUUUAUUUUUUUUGUUCAGCAAUGAUUCUUAGGAUUUAACUCAACUGAGUUUCCUUUGUACAUCCAGGUCCAGCACCUUAGGGAAAUUUCUCCUUUUAAAUGCAGUUGAAUGAUCGCACCGUGAAAUCUACCCAUCUGCUCUCGCAAAGGUUGAAGCGUGGUUGAAUGUUCAACACUAUUCUUUUUUCUUUAAAGGAUGUUGCCUGUGGAUUUGUAAGCGAAGCUCUAGCUGGUAGACACACUACAGUUCAUACUAUUUACUACGAAGUCGAGGACGAGGAUGGGUUGGUAUCAAUACCAGGAAAAUAUGCUGAUAGAGGAGAAACGGCUAAUUACCUUAGACAAAUGGCGCAUACUGUCAAUGGAAGAUUCCACUGGUAUAGGAAUGGAGGUGAAUACUUCUUCCUUCUUGCUACAGUGCCAUUUCUCUGCCAGAUCAUGAAGAACCAAUAGGGAAUUACUGGAAAUUGGUUCUUGUAGUUCAUCUGCAGUCUACGAUAGUAUUGUUUCUACUAGUGCUGUGUUUUUAUUUGCCCUUGUAGUUGGCGGGAUUUUAAUGCUUGGGAUAUUUUCUUUAUGUGUUGUGUACUUUUUUGGCGGCGCCUACCGCAAGGGAAAACCUCCCCCAGACGUCUGGCGGCUCUGCUGCCAAAAAUGAAAAAACAGCACUCCCGCCAAUCCCGCCAGCUGUACAGGCUAGCUUUUUAUUUCUGGUCGUUGUUUUGUUUUGUUUUGUUUGUUUGUUUAUUUUUCAUAUAUUUUGUUUUUCCUAUUGGAACUUUUCCUUUCCAUACUUCUGAGCGUUAGCCCCUGCCUCGUGAGGUUCUUUGAUUUAUGUAUUUCUAGUAUAUAUUUUGUUCUGCAAAUGUGGAAUAGCUCUCGUUAAAGCCCUUGUGCCUUGUUUGCCUAAGUAACUUUGACUGUCAAAUCCUGGUGUUUAAACGUUGUUUACUAUAAUAAGCGUCAAAAAGACAUAUAGCGGGACUGGAAAAUUGUUUAUUUGAUAAAAGAAUCCAUCUUAAAAACAUUUGGAGGUUCAUUUAUCGAUCGUCGUAAGCCACAGUCGCAUAACUUACCGACCCUUUAAGUCGACAUAUGUUUUCUUAACUUAUUAUAACACAUAUAAGGCUAUUUUAGUGACAUUGAUUUUUGUCCGUAUUUGUCCAAAAAUGUUUCAAUUAGUUUUUGUUGUUUGCAGUAAUAGUAGAAAGUGAUGACCUGAGGGCCGUAAUAAACGAAAUGGAUAAGGCAUUCAAUUACUCACAGAAAGUAAGUUUGUCUCAAGUCUCACUGUUCCCAAAGCUAUCUAUAUCAGUAUAUUUAGUGUUCAUCAAGAUGUCAAUCUGCGAAAUACAUUUUAUUAUUACAGACUGCGAUGUUGUUGGAAACUGUGAGAAAGAAAAAGCCAGUAGCUGAAUUGGUAGGUUCAUUACUAUCCUGUGGUACUGUUGUUUUGUCUAUAAUCUGUAAAGGGAAAUUUUUUAGGCCUUAAAUGGUAUGCUUGAAGUCCCUAACGAUGGUGAGCUGCGGAAAUGUACCAGAAUUUUGCUUGCACUUUUUCACCCGAGUUCAUCAUAAAUAAAAAAUAGUCACACAAAUCUAUGCCCAUGUUCAGGACUGUGCACUUUUACCCUUUGGUUGCACAAAUGCUCCCAGCGGUUUUCAGAGUUUAUCAGGGAACAAAAUUACAUUUUCCUGCUAUUUAUAGAGUAAAGGUUUUAAUAAGAGUUUAAUGACAUUAUUUUAUCACCGCCUGCUAUUUUGCUAGAUAAAUGGCUCAGUUGAUGGUGACAGCCAGCUUGUACCCAGGCCUCCAUCUGCGAAUAAGUCACGGUUACCUCUGACCCCACCAAGGCACACUGCACUAACAAAGGCUAGAAUGGUAAGUGAUGUUAUAUACUGCGUAUGAUACUCGAAUUUAUGUCGUGUUUUACCAAUUGGCAGUUUAUUCUGUGCUUAUCUAAACGCCGCCUAAAUAGCAAUAGCAUAACACAUUUUUUGUACUAAAUCAAAAUAAAGGAGCAUUCGCCUUGCUCGGCCUAUGUAACAAAAUUUUAUCAGCAUCGAAAUUAAUUCUUUCCAUCGCCACACAGGUUUUUUGGGAGUCUUGUUGAAACUCCCCCUCACACGUAUCGUUAGUGUUAGGUUUUCUUGAAAGUUCUUCCUUCUAACGUUAAUUUGGACUUUUAAAUAGGCAAUUUUUGAUUAAUGCCGAAAUCGUUUUGCUUUUGGUAAAGGAUAUAAUUAGUUAAAUUUUAAACCUUAGUUGCUCGUUUUAACACUAAACGCCAGUAAGAAAACAUUUCACUCUCUACAUAAACCAGUAGCGUUAACUGCUUUUAUGUUAAACGGCGUGGUUUGUGUUUUGUUUGUUUUAGAAACAGGCCUGUUCUUUGCCUCCCAUUAAAGUCACGUCAGAAGAUCCUGUAAGAAUAAAUUACCUUUUGUGAAAUCUACAUCUCUCUUUUACUGAAAUUGUUCGUCUCCUUUAAAACGUACUAUAACGCUAUGUGCUCAAUAAGGUCAAGUCUGGCUAUAAGAAUGUUAACUGUAGUUGAGUAGUGAGUCUCUCUUUUAAACUCUUUACCAUCAAAGUUAGAAAAGAUAAGCGAUAAAAAGUAAAAAUAUAAAAUGUCUUUCUUUGUUCGAUCUUUCAACUUACAUAAAGCAGAGCAUUUUUGUGAUACAGUUAAUUGUACCCAAGACAGAACGACACCGUUCGUGCCGACACUAAGAAGGUCAAAUGAAAUAACUGAGCAAUGGCAAGCUCAAACUCCGGGUGUCCGUCUUAUUAAGACAUAGCUCUCUGUAGUCUCGUUUGGUUUAAAAUUUCAUAUCAGCAGUUUAGUACAAAGAUUUGAAAUUCAGACACAGCUUCUACGCCAUGAUAACAAAGUGAACUCGAACGUAUUACUUAUGUCUGCUAGGGUUUAAAUGUCACUGUUCAUCCGUAAACGCAAAAAUAAUAGCCGCCUUACGUGACGUUACUUUUUGGAGGUUGCGGUGAAGCUGCUCAUUGAUCCUAGUGAAACUGACUCCAGGGCCCAGUUGUUCGUAGGCCGAUGAGCGCUUAACCCGGGGUUAAAUUUAACCGGGGUUUCCUUUUGUCUUGUUCAAAAGCACUUUCUCGGAUAAUUUUCUUUGUUAUUUUUAGAGCUUGCAAUCGUCAACUUGUAGACUAAAACAAUUAAAACUGAAAUGCUUUUUAAGCUUUCAAAUCUGAAUUCAAAUCUUGCACUAACCCUGGGUUAUCUUAACCCAGCUUUGAACAACACGGCCCUACAGUUGUAUAAGCAAAGAGGUCGGAGAGUGUUUUAAGAAAUUGUACAGCGCCAAAUGUUAAAAGCAGGAUUUCCAAGAGGAUGGUAGUAACUUACAAUUCAUCUUAUUUGAUUUUUUCAAAGGUGGUAAAGAGAAGAACAUUACGCUUUUCUUUUGAAGUUUUUGUUUCGGCGGUAAUUUUCUAUCUACUUUAGUUUAUAUUUCUGUGCCCUCAUCGCUGUAAGCAUUUAUUGUUUUCCAUCAAUAUAAUCUAACUAUUUCCUAGCUGCCCUUACGGGAGAAAGGACUUUCUUAUAUAUUGUAAAAAAAUUGUCAUGCUUUCUAAUUGAACACGACCCCCUUUUGUACAGAAUGUAAGACCUCAGACGGCCGGGAUGAGUCGUCCCAGUUCCUCCACCGGCGGGAAAAAGGCCAGGCCGCACAGUGCAUCGUCUCAGACCAAAGAAUCAACAAUGAAGGCGUUGCAGUGGAAACCUACCACAUCAAACAGUUCUACCUCACUAAUUCCAGCACGUGAGUUGACCUGAUACUCCCACGUCUGUGAAUUCAUAAAGUCUCUUUAAGGCAGGAAUGCUUAAAGAAACAAGAUACAACCUCGUCACCAGGGAUAUUCCCUUGGAAUUUGGGAGGGGAGGGAAAAGGCCCUGUUCUCGGUCAUCUCUCCCCAUAGACACCCGAAAGGCUCGAGCAACUCUCGCCGUUGCCAUUUGAAAAGCUCAGGGGACGUGGUUAAAUAAGAUCAAUUUCCUUAAGGGGAAAAUUCGAAAACGGCGGUUAUACUUGAAAAUGUUUUGUAAUAUCGUUCCCAAGAAAAGCUUACAUUUUAGGAUCAACUUAGAACUUGUUUUUUUAAACGUGGUGAAUGAGGAAGCAACCGUAAAAACUACUACUGACUAGCUUUUUCUUAACGGCAGUGGUGAAAAAAGAUUUCUUGGUGACCUUUUUUCGCUCUAUAUGGAGUCGUACAUCUUGUUUUGUAAAUAUAUUUAAUAACCUGUCAAGUAGCGAUGCUGAAAGCCUAAAGUAAACCGACAUAAAAACUGCGCCAUAAUUUCUGACAGGAACUUCCUACGGCCAAGUUAAUGUUGGAAUAGUCCGCUACUUCAGCCUUUUAGAGAAGAUUAUGGUGCAGAGUGUUUGAAUCUCGAUUAUUGUAUUUAUCUACAGCUCCUCCAGCUAAAACCGUUGUUAAGGAGAGAAGACCAUCAUCAGGCGGAGUAAAAUCGUCCCAGCAGGUCUUCUAUACGGAGUGGAAAAAUGAUACAGGUUUUCUAAAGCUUCUGUUCUUCAGUAGGCUGACAAAGUUUAGUUGACCCGAACAAAAUAAUCUCAUUGGUUGCUUUGUUAAUAUAUUUGUUAUUCAUUUUUGCUUGAUGUCUUGGUCGUUUCUCGACAUCUUUAACAAGCAAGUAUAGUAUAAGAUGCUGCUUUCCUAAACUAAAAUUGUCAACGAUGACAUUUGUGAGUCAGGCCUUUAGGCUAAGGCGGGAGGAGGACGUCAGAAAGGGCGAACUAGGGUCCCAAUCGUCAUACAUAAAAAAUGAGAGCGACCAGAAGUCACAUCGUCAUAUAAUGGUCACGAGGUGGAAGAUGACGCGACCAUGAACACAUUACAGUUGAAGUCGUUCUUGUGCAUGGGCAAAUAAAGAGACUGUAAAGGGCGACAAUAUGAUUGUAAACAUAACAUCUCUGUUGAAAUUAACCUUUUUAGUUUACUUAGCUUUUCUCAGAGGGCUCCAGAAGGCUACUCUAUGUUGUUGUUGUUGGUUUUUUUACACAGGUGCAGUUUUCACUCAGUAUACCCAGAAAAAGAAACUUAGAAGACCGAUUAAACAUCCUUUUAUUCCUGAUAAGGAGGACAGUGUUAGUACCAGAGAGGUGCGGAGUAUUCUUUUCCUGUUUAGUUUUUCCGAAUAAAAAUUAUUUUCCUCAAGUAAUUCAAAUAGUUGCUUGGCGUUUAUGAGUUUAUUGGUGAUUCUGCACGUCAACGUGCGUUUAUGUUUCUUUCACAAUUCUCUUGAGAUAAUCUUAUUUUUUUCGAGGUAGUUGUUGUUAUUCAUGCAUUUAUGGAAACUUGCAUUGAUUGUUUUUGUCCAAUGUUGUUGUUUUUUUUUGCAGUUUAUGCGUCACUAUAGUUUGUCUAAGUUAAAGCUAGACUUGAAUAGCAUUGUGGGGUCUGCGGAGUGUUCUCAUGCCAAAGGAAAAGUAUCAUCUCUUGGCCAAUCAGUACCCGCAAGGUAAGAGAACACUGCAGACCAGCACACGAACAGAGGACAAAAAUACACACAGUAUUAGACAAAAAUGCUGUAUACUCUCCGACAGACAACCAAAGUUACCAACACACGGACAAAAGAAAAAAAUACAUGCAGUACUUGACAAAAACACUGCAUGCUCUCCGACAGACAACCAAAGUUAUCAACACGCGGACAGAAGACAAAAAUACACGCAGUACUGGACAAAAACACUGUAUACUCUCCGACAGACAACCAAAGUUACCAACGCGCGGACAGAAGACAAAAAUACAUGCAGUACAAGACGAAAACACUGUAUAUCCUCCGACAGACGACCACAGUUACUAACACGCGGACAGAAGACAAAAAUACAUGCAGUACUAGACGAAAAUUCUUUAUACUCUCCGACAGACCACACGGACCGAAGGCAGUAUUAGACGAAAAUACUUUAUAUUCUCCGACAGACAACCAAAGUUUCCUUUAAAGGAGCUGUGUCAAGAACUUAAUCAAAAUUCUAACAGUGAAAGCUGCAAUCCAGUUUAGUAAAACAUUAAAUUAACAGUUCAAAGCCGGGAACAUUUAUUGAGAGGAAGGUAUAAAUAACACAGCGUUUUCAAGAGAAGCCACAGAUGGACAACAUUGAAGAAGAUUACGGUGUUUGAAAACUUGUUAGCCUAAGUGUUUUUCAAAGUUCAUUUUUGUUGUUUCCUUUGAUGUAAUGCAAUGCGUUGGGCGAGAUAUUUGUAGCUGUGUAAUUAGCAAUAUUAAUCUAAUGAACUAGACAGCCCUGACGCAGCUCCUUUAAGCCAACUCGUGACUUGCUCGUAUAAAGACACGUUAUGACUUAUGAAUCAUGAAAUCAAAACAAUACAAACUCUUCAACUCCUUCUCCUGAAAAUUAGUUCUAAUGUGGCUACUUGGAUUAUAUAUCCGUCCAAGGCCUUCCUAACUACCGUGCAGAAAUUCAAGAGUUUAAAUAAGACUGACUUAUGGAUGGACUCAGAGACAGAUAGACGGACUAUAGGAUAGACAGAAAAAUAGUCCAUGACAGUCAGACUUACAAUCAGGUAGUCAGGGCAGUACAGAUUCAUCAUUCACUUAGACCGCUUUCUGCCGUGGCAAAGUUUCUUAAAUGACAUUUUUGUCAAGCGCCUUUACGGCUGAGCUACUGAGCAAGUUGUUUUCAUUUUUUCUGUUUUUAGAUACUGCAACAUUUUCCCAAGUGUGGAAGUUAAGGUAAUUGAACACUGUUUUAUAUUCUUCCUUUCUGAUUUCGUUGUUUCAACCGUCAAGUUUCUCUCAAAAUGAAGUUCGUUAGAGUUUCGUUGUUUAUUUUACGGAUGAGUGAUGAAUAGAUGAAGAUGAAUCUUUCACCUGGAUCACUUUAGGGAGUUGUGAAGCAUCUUCAUCUGCUGCCUCAUGAGUUGGAAGAUUAUGAAGAGCAAGUGGAAAAAGUGUUACGAAGAUACGUUAAGCGAUUGCAGUGGCUCCUUAGUGGUAGUAGACGGAUUUUUGGAACGGUAGUCGAGAAAAAAGUACGUAUACAUGGGCAAUCUUUAAAUUGGGAAAAACGCAUAUAGCAUUGAGCUAAAACGAAUGCUCUUACCAAAGGCUGGACCCAUCAACUGCAAAUCCUCUGCAUUGACCAUCUUUACUUGAAGGCAAAUUUUACACAGUCUUUUACCUCAUUAUCAUGGAAUACAUAUAAAAUACGGUGUUUUUUGGGGGGGGGGGGGGGGGGUUGUUGGGGCGAAAAGCAAGUAAAACAACUCGAUUUAGUUAAUACAGGGAAAUGAGGGUAAAGCUGCACCGUCGUUUUGAGUCCAGCAACGAUUUCUUCUUUUAACCGUACUAAGCAGUUGAGAUUUUUCCUCAGAACCUUUUUUUUAGAAUCACGCCGAGCAAACUCAGGAUCUUUAACUAAUCUCGCAGUACACUGGUUUUUCAGGUAGCGAUAUUAAUAGACACGUCAGGCUCAAUGGUCAGCAGUAUGGAUGAACUAAAACGGGAACUGGCCGCGUUAGUCUGGGAUCAAAUCAGGCACCAUGCUACAAAGUGAGCACACUGCAUUUACUGCAAAGGUUAUUUGAGUAAUAAAUAGCUAUAAGACUGACUCCUCCUGGAAACAUUAUUUAACAAAAUUGUUUUAACCAUCUUUAGGUUCAAUCUUAUCCGGUUUUCGUCUGAAGUGGUGCCAUGGAAACCAAAUAUGACCUUGGCGUCAGAUGACAGCUGUCAAGAUUCAGUUGAAUGGGUUUCUGAUUUUGAUGCCAACGGAAGCACGUGCACAUUAAAUGCUCUUCAGGUAUAUCAUUAUUCAUUUUAGGAAUCCCCUUCAACACCUGUAACCACAGAUUACUUCAGGAUCUUGCUCAUAACUAUUGAUGCAUUCCUCUCGUGAAUUUUGUAGGCACGUAUACUUUUUCUUGGUGAUCCUUACUGCCAACUGUCUAAGGCUCGCUUUUUUCUUGAAUUGUAAAGAGUUGUACAGAUAUUACAAGGGCGCUGACAUUUAUCUGGUGGUUGCUAGUGUAAGCCAUAUGCUGACUUUAAGAUCGGGUGUGAUGCUUUCUGAAAAAGUGUCAUUCCUGUCUGUUCUUUCGCAAGUGAUAGUAAAUUUAAAGAGCCUGAAUUCAGGUUUCCUUUUCUACUGCAAGGAUGACUCAUUUUUUGUGUUUGUUUUGUCUCUUUUUCAGGUGGCAUUUGAAGAUCCAGAGGUACAAGGGAUAUAUCUCCUCACUGACGGCAAACCGGUUAGUUUGCAUUUUAUGCCCUGUCCUCAGCUAAAAUGUUUCGCUGAGAAAAGUAACUGGGAAAUUAACUGUUGAUUGUUUAUGUAGCUGUGUAGUUGUCAAUGUCUGUUAAGCUACAGUAAAACGGUCAACAAAAAAAGUGCAACUUGUUUUGCAACAUUGUUGCAAAACCAGUUGAAUAGCGAUGUGGCGCGUUUUACCACCGACGCUCGAACCAGUCAUAAGGUUGCAAGGUGGUGAAACGUGCAACAUCACUAUUCAACUCGUUUUGCUUCAAUGUUGCAAAACCAGUUGCACGUUUUUUGUUGCCCGUUUACUGUAACUUAAUCCUCCUCUGCAACCUUUCUAUACUGGCAUUUGGCAUUUCUGAGCAACGUCCGUAAAUUUUUCACUUGUUAGCUUGUAGGUUUUGUUUUCCCAUUGCAGACCAUGUGAUUUUUGUGUGGGGAAUUGUCCCCUAUGCAAGUGCAUUCACUUGCGUAUGCGUGCAUAGUUAAUGAAGAGACAAAAGACAAAUUCCCUUGAGAGCAAGGUCUUUUUGACAUUUUGUUAUUCGUACGAUAAAGCGCCUAAUUUAUACCGAAUUGCAACACUUAUUGAUCAUUGUUAUUUUUUCUGGUAAAGGAUAACAGUACAACGAUGGUGUUACGAGAGGUGGCCAAGUUAAACUCGGGAAGAAAUGUUCGUGUACACUGUAUUUCCUUCAACUGCGAUGACAGGUAGGAGCUCAUUUAUGAGACACAGUAAAAACCCACCCUACCCCUCUUAAGUUAGCCUAAACAGGUUCUUACAUAAUUAGUGUUUAGCACAAAUGUAGGCUAUUUAGGUUCUUAAAUAGGUUCUUAUUUUCUGUAGAAAAAGUACAUUGUAGCUAAGAGUAUUUAGUGGUAUUCAGCUCAUUCCCUAGGUAAAACCUGUACACCAUUACAAGACUUUACAAGUGCAGUUGAAGUAAUAAGGAUCUUUGAAUGUUGACUGACCUUAUUUGGCCAAGUGUACGGUAGAUUUUAGAAAAUAGUAAAUUUUAACCUAGGUGAAUACGUGAGAAAGAUGUUUUAGUUCAGUGCCUUUUUACUGUUUCGUAAAAUCUGUCGUUUGGUUGUUGCAGCAUUAGACAUCGACCACGCCGUUUCUCAUUGUCUUGUCCUUCUUUUUUACUCUUAGUGUAGCAAACAAGUUUCUUCAACUUCUGGCUUCUCAGACUGGCGGGAGGUAGGAUUCGGUUAUUCUUUUCUCUUUCUGUCUCCAUGUUCAAAAGAGAAACCCCGGUUCUUCUAUGUGAUCGUGGGCGCGAUCCUUUCAACCAAAAUUUCCGGAAAUUUCGGUCCAAACCUCAAUGGAUCGGUUCGGUCCAACCGGAAAAGUUUCGAAAAACGGGUCCACCUUUUGAGGUGGACCACUUUUCCCGGUCGGACCGGUUGGAAUUUUGGUUGAAUGGAUCGCGCCCCGUGUUCUCUAGGAGAGAGCCAGUCUGACAAGUUUUUUUCUGUUUCACAGGUAUCAUCGUUGCCAAGGCGAUCCGGAUGGCCACAUGUUUACUCACAGACUUCUUACGGAAGGCUUCCGUGAAGACGAAGUAAGCCCAGAAGAAACAUAAAUAUACCAAAAAAAGCAUUAAGUAACACCAGGAAAGGACACUAUCUUCUACCCGUUAAUACGAAAACAAAAAUGGUAUCCUGCCAAUAGCCCAUACUUAAUUUAUUAAAUUUUUCACUCGAUUGUUAAAGGAUGCGUUCGUUUUUUUAUUAUUUUUUUAGCCGCUUAGUAUGCCCGUAUUCGAGGGAGAUGACCUGCGUAGAUUAGCCAGUGAAAUUGCCUUGUGCAGGAAGUUCCUUCUUCAGUCGAGAUCCUACAGGUAAUCAUCGCCUUUCUUCAUUGAUGUGUGAAGUUAAUGUACUGAUUAAUACAAGUUAUAAAACACGAGACUAAGUCUUUCAAACAAGUUAAAACACUGGUAAAAAAGUUGAAAAUAUCACGUGCCGCGGAAUAUUGUAGGAACUUCAAGGUUAUGUUGAUAUCGUGACUGAAUGCUAUGUCGAAUGUUUCUAUAUUAGCUCUUAAACAAGACAAUGGUAGAACGAGAGAUAAAGGAUGCAAAAUGAGGAGUUCUUCAUCUGUUUUCUCAACACCAAUUAAAGAUCAAUUUCCUUUGUAUUUUCUUUAUGAAUUAUUGAGAAUUUCGUUUUUGUUCAGUCAGAAAGUAUACAGUCAACUCUUUCUAAGACGGAAACCAUUAUGUUCGUCUUUAAGAUGUUUCUGCCUUAAAUACAGUCCAUGAAAAGGCUGAAGAGCGGUAGAAAACAGCUCUAGGCGCAGAGAGUUGACUAGAUUUUAAAUUCCAGGAAAAUGCUAAUUUAGUACCGAAAGCUAGUCCGUAAAUUACAUUUAACCAAAAGAGGGCCUCUUCUUCAGGGAAACUAGUGGUGCUUCGUCGAUGGUGGAGGGAGACUCGAAAUUUGCUUUCUAAUUACAACCACUAAAUUUUGAACCAAAAAGUUGCGUGAUGCAUAAUUUCUUGAUUCGUUGUGACUUACCGUACCCAGUUAAGACAUAAGUAGUAUAGAGGGUGUGUUUUCCAUAGCAUGAGAUAACCGCCUACAUUUCGCGAAGCAACCACUGGUCUCCACUUGGAAACAACGUCUACCCAGAUCUGGGUAGUGCUUCUGAUUGGUUGAACCAAAUUUUCCUCGCGGCAGGACCAAUCAGAAGCCUAUCCGGAUCUGGGUAGUGACGUGUCAUCAGUAUGGAAUUCCUGCAGUCGUUCCGCUGACGCCAUUUCACGGAGAAGCCAGUGGUGGCGUCGCAAAAUGUGGGCUAUUUUUUCAGGCUAUGUUCUCCACUCCCUUUUUGAAAAGAACUCUCAUUAACAGUUUGGCACUGCGCGAUGUUGUCGUGUUCCAUUUUUAAGAAACGAGAUCUGAAAGAUACGCCCUAUACCACUACCGCCAGAUUCAAAACUUUUAAAGGACCAAUUUUAAAAUACUGUUGUCGGAAAACAGCGGAUUUCAAACUUAUUUAUCAGUUCCCAUUUUAGUUAAUACCUUUGUUGUUGAAACGCAAUAGAACAUUCUUGAGUUCGAUUCUUCUUGUGUAGAUAUGAAUGUUUUUCAUACUUCUUCCUUUUAAUCGCCUUGAGUUACCGUAAUAAUUGUGUGACAAUUUGUCAGACUGCAAUUGAGUUUUCUUAUCUUAUUGUGUCUUUCUCACAGGGCGUUGUUUCCUGAUAACACUAAGAAAGAAAAAGCUGCAAAGUUAAAUGGUCAGUAAAAAUUGCUCCAGCAAUGCUCAGUUUUAAGUACGUUCUCGCUUGGGUGUAGUUCAGGUUCUUGGUAGUAUUCUAUUUUGAUUCCUUGUUAUCUUUGCAGGUCUUACCCCACCUCAAGCAAAGCAUUCCCGAUCACCAGUAGAAGUCGUCGCAAGAUAGUCGCACUGUUUUGUUUAUAGUGAAAUAUGUAAUUAUUAUAGGUAGAAAAAUUAUUUAAAAAUACAUGGCGAAACAAAAGACCCUUUCUUUGGGCGAUAUUUGUGAAAGAUACAUAGUAGAAAAGCGGCGUUUUCUCCCCGUCACAGUAACCCCUUCGCCUUCCCUACCCGUUAUAUCCUGUACCUCUUAACAGUCAGGUGAAGACUUCAAGUCUUGCUUUUAAGAGUUACAGGGUGUAGUCGUUUUCAUAGUCGCCUACAGUAAAAUGCAGGAAACGUUUUUUAGCGGAAGUUCUUUCGAUGAAUAGUGUAUUAGCAAAUUGCUUUAAAUUGUGAUUGUACAUAAACGCAGCCAUUCCAUCUUAACUUGCAACGCUAUAAAUAAUGCCUUCAAUAAGCAGCCAUAAUUACGAACACGACAGCUUAGGAACGCUACGAAAGAAUGGCCUGUACGUGUAACCUGGUUUAGUCGCUUCGAGCGCAAAAGAGGCGUCUAUGUAACCAACUAUUUAUGUACAUUUUGUGAAAAGUGUUAAAAUUACGGUAUUUUUUUUCAUUUUUUGAGAGUUCAACGUGGACAGCGGGUAUUCUUUUUUACCUGUAAACGACCUUUUAGAUGCUAUUCGAACGAGAGUCACUAUUUUUAGCAGAAUUUCUGUGAUAGGCUUCACUCAGUGUCCACGAACGGUGCCCCAGUACGAAACUUGCUGGGCCGCGCGCACAAAUGUGAGCACACCCGUUUUCAAGCGUUCUGGCGUGGUGACCGUGUAAAAGUACAAUGUCGGACGUGUCGCGACAUUCUGGGCGAUGGUCUGGGCUUUGUACUCAGGCGUUGAAGUAAGCGUCAUUUUCCUAUCUGCAUUCUUUUCCCAUUUGUUACGACGUCCUUUGAGAGAAUUCCACUGCUUUGCAUACCCAUAACCCACUGCUGCACUUACGUUUCAAAGUGAGUGAAUUGGAGCAAAUGUGUACACAGCGACAUAUGAAGACCCAUUUGCAGGGAUCCCCUAACAGCGGACAACUGUGAGCACGAGAAAAUCCUUGGAAACACAAGGAACGGUUGCAGAAAACUUUUGAUUAAUCUUGGUCGCAUUUCGCAACCGGACCAAAGUACCCAAGGGCUGACAUAGUUGUUUAGACGCUUUAGACAAUGCUAGUGAGCCAUGUUGAUUUGAUUCAGUGUAAUUUACAUAUACUGUGCGUACAAUCUAGACUCAGUACGAGUAGCAUCCACAUGCGGGCAUAAUCUAAUACCCACAGCAAAUUAUAUGAACGGUAGUACGAGGAAUAAAAAUAUAAAAGAUGAUGAUAUAGCUGGUCAAGAGUGAUUUUUUAACCUGUACAAUAUUUUGUGGCAUUUUU